AUGGCAGCCGUAGGUGCUGUCGUCGACGCUGUCUUUGGGUCAUAUGACAUUAAGAAUGCAAAACAAUGGCGUGAUGAAGAUCUACUACAUCGUGAACAGGAGAAACAAUGGCGAGAAGAUUCGAUACAGCGUGAAUAUGAAUGGCGACGUGCUGAUUUAGAACGUGAACGGCGCGUCGUGAAGCUUGAGAAUGAAAAGCGCAUUAUUGAUGCACGACAUCGACAGCUUGUGACGGUUUCACAAAUGUCGGCACUUCUUGCCGGUUUUACAAUGUCUACAAUUGUUGAAGUGCAGAUUGCAGAUGCCACAAGUGAACCCAUUAUUAUUGCAUACGGUACGGUGUGUUGCAUGGAGUUUAUCGUCAUGUUAAUGUGCAUGUUAACAUGUAUGGUCUUACUACUAGCUCUCACGCGUUUUGUGACGCAUACAUUGGAAGGAGAGGUACAUGCACUCUCAUCCUUGGAAUUAGAUAUUGUAUCACCUUUCUACGGCUGGUGGUUAAUCAAGUGUGAACAUGAAUGGAUCAUGGCUUACCAACUAUUCCAUCUUGGGUUAUCUCUCUUCCUUGCACAAGUGGCGCUACUCGCAGGUCGAUGGAGAUACCUCGUGCGAUUUCCAGAGUCACAAACGUCUGGAUCACUUACAGCAAGGAGACCGGACGAUAUGUCACCACCUGUCAUCUCAUAA